AUGACAGAAAAUUUUCUUGAAGGGCGCAAGAAACUGGAAAACAGUUCUGCUAAUUUAAAAAUAGAACAAAACAAUAAUCAGACUGAAAAUUUGCAGGAAUUACUACCCGAUGUCAAACAAAGCAAGGAAGAUGAAAUCCGCAUGGAGACGGAAGCUAUCAGCCAGACUGCCACAUCUGAUAAUCAAGAACAUAAAAUAACACAAUUUGUUCUGCAAUUACUUGGUGAUCUCAAAGGCCAAGAGGAACUUCAUUUAAGCGAAGUAAAAGAGCUUCGUAAGGAGCUGGAAGAAAAAGAUAAUAUAUGCAAUCAGUUAAAACUUGAGAUAUCCCAAGUUCGAGAAAACCCUACAUUUUAUGAUCUAAAAAGUCACGAAGAACGUCAUUCACGAGAAGUAAAAGAUCUUCGCACACAGCUGGAAUUAAAUGAUAAUGUAAAUCAGAAAUUAACAGAUGAAGUGUUCACUGUUCGGAAAAAUUUUAUUCAUAUGCGCAAGCAAUUGCUUAAUGAUCUCAAAAGUAGAGAAGAAUGUCAUUUACGAUACGUAAACGAGCUUCGUGAAGAGUUAAAAGCAAAAGAAAAUAAUCUUAAAGAUCAAGAAGAACGCCAUUCACGAGAAGUAAACAAACUUCGUGAGGAGCUGGAUGUAAGAGAUAACACAUGCCAUGAGUUAGAACUGGAAGUAUCCCAAGUCCGACAAAAUCCGGAAUUUAUAUUAAUGCGACAGCAAUUGCUUGACGAUCUUAAAGGUCAAGAGGAGCUUCAUUUACGAGAAGUAAAAGAGCUUCGCAAAGAGCUAGAGGCAAAGGAUAAUAUAUGCCAGGAGCUAGAACUUAAGGUAUCCCAAGUUCGUGAAAACCCUGAAUUUAUUAAAAUGCGACAGCAAUUACUUGAUGAUCUUAAAGGUCAAAAAGAACAUCAUUCACAGGAAGUAAAAGAGUUUCGCAAGGAGAUGAAAAUAAAUGAUAAUAAGUGUCAUCAGUUAACAAAUGAAGUUUUCGAUGUGCGGAAAAACUUUAUUCAAAUGCGACAACAAUUACUUAAUGAUCAAAAAAGUCAAGAAGGACGUCAUUUACAAGAAGUAAAAGAGCUUCGCUUGGAGUUAGAAUCAAAGGAAAACAAUCUUAAAGAUGCAGAAGAACAUCAUUUGCGAGAAGUAACAGAGCUUCGCAAGGAGCUGAAAAUAAAUAUUAAUAUGCGACAGCAAUUACUUGAUGAUCUUAAAGGUAAAAAAGAACAUCAUUCACAGGAAGUAACAGAGCUUCGCGAGGAGCUGAAAAUAAAUGUUAAUAUGUGUCAGCAGUUAACGAAUGAAGUCUUCGAGAUGCAACAAAGUCAUGAAAAUCAAAAAGAACGUCAUUUACUAGAAAUAAACGAGAAGCAUAAGGAGCUGGAGUCAAAAGACAGCUUAUGUCAACAGUUGGAGCUUAAGCUGUCUCAAGUGCGAGAAAAUCCUGAAUUUCUUCAAAUGCGACAGCAAUUACUUGAUAAACUUGACGGCCAAGAAGAACUUCACUUGGUCGAAGUAAAUAAGCUUCGUAAGGAACUGGAGGCUAAGGAUACAUUAUACCAUAUAUACCAUCAACGUCAUUUACGUGCCUUACGUAACCUUCGCAAGGUGCAGGAGGGCAAAGAUAAAUUAUGCUUGGAGAAAGAGCAGGAAGCAGCUCAACUCCGAGAUCGUCUUAACUUCAACAUGUCUUGUCCUAUAUGUAUGGAGCCAUGGAAUUCUUCGGAACAUCGCAUGGUUGCGUUGUUAUGUGGUCACAUUUUCGGUGAAUCAUGCGCACGACAAUGCCUGCAAAGAAAUUUACAUUGUCCAGAAUGUCGAGCUCCUGCAUCAGAAAGUAAUAUCCGUAAACUAUUUCCCCGUUAG